UCCCUAGACUACGUGUGUUUUGUGUGUCGCGAAUGUCCGAAUCUAAACAGCUGUUUGCCGUCCAAGAAUCAGCCAGCAUCGUAGAGCUGGGGGUGAUGGAGAGCAUCAAGAAGUGGCUGCAAGAUCGAGGCACCAGAAAGGACGGCAUCUACGUGCAUCACAGCCCGCCGAAACUGUUAGGUUCGGUGACAGCCGCUCAACUCCGUCAGCUGGCCCGCGGCGGGGCCGACGGAGGGCUGGAGCGCGCCGUGCUCGCGGGGCAGGGCCGGCGUCUUCUCUUAGAGGCCGAGACGCUGCCCCUACCCACUCAUAUAGAGGCCUUAGUCAACAAGUGUGAGGCGCUGCAAGAGGCUGUGGAGAAGGGCUCUCUGCUGGAACUGCAGGUACAACUGGAGCUUUUGGACGGCGAAUAUAACCGCAAGAAAACCGUCACUUGUCGCGACGAGGCUGGUGCCGGGCUACUCCAUAAAGCUGUGUACUAUGACUACACGGAUAUCGUCGAGUGGCUGGUCAACAACUACCCACAGCUCGUCCAUCAGAGAGACUCUUUCGGCCGUACACCGCUCCACUACGCAGUGGGACGCCGCGCUAGCGCCGCCGCAGCGCUGCUGGAACGCGCGGGCGCAGCACGCGGCGCGCGAGAUGCGGCGGGCCGCACACCAGCAUUCUAUCGCGCGCAACGCACAUCGCUAGAGCUACCUGAGAAGACUGUCAUACCCAUGCCGGAUAAACCAGACGCCAGCAGCGGAAGCGUAGCGGAUUUGCUUGGAGCGUUUAUUUCGUGGCUUAGCCCUUUGAAAGCCACGCCUAUCGUGGCCGUCGUGAACCUUGUCGAAAUGCUGAGGGCUGACAGUCUUUGA